AUGCGAUUCCUGCUAACUGCCCUGCUCCUGGUUACCGUAAUCGAGCUGGCGGUGGGCUGCACGAUUUUUCCUAGGUGCUGGCGGAAGAAAAGAGAGCAUUCGAUCCCGGCAUGUACGUCUGAUGCGGAUUGCCCGCUGCCCGGCCAAGCCUGCUCGUCGAUCGACAAUGAAGCGGUCUGCACAUACCCAUGGCUUAAAAGGCUGGUGGCAGCACCUCCUGGAAAGCUGAUGUGCCGCAACGACAGCGACUGCCCGAAAUCGCAUAAAUGCGUCCGCGAGGGCCGGUCGAGCCGUUGCGAAAAACGC